UUUGAAACUCUGCAGUGAAUCUAGAUAGUUACUUAAAAGUAUGAGGUUAAAUUUACCAUUAGCAACAAAAGAGAGAGAGGAAGGAAGAGGAGUCCAGCAAACUUCCUAAACGUUCUUAAUGACUUGAUUGUGGUUAAAUGUGGACACCUGGCAAGACCUCCUGGGGACCCGCCAGAUAGUUGAGACUUCAACUGUUGUCUCAGAUUUUUGAUGUUUAGCAAUGGAGUCUUUCUCUGCUGAGACCAAUUCAAUGGACCAACAGUACUGGGAUCAACCCCAAGUAAUUCUCUCCAUGGUCCUUUACAGCCUCACUUUCUUACUGGGCCUGCCUGGCAACGGGCUGGUGCUCUGGAUCAUUGGCCUAAAGAUGCGCCGGACAGUGAACACAGUUUGGUUUAUGCAUCUCACACUGGCGGACUUUAUCUGCUGCCUCUCCUUGCCCUUCUCCCUGGCUAACUUGGCUCUCCAAGGACACUGGCCCUAUGGCCGUUUUCUGUGCAAACUCCUCCCCUCAGUCAUCAUUCUCAAUAUGUUUGCCAGCGUCUUCCUGCUGACGGCCAUUAGCCUGGACCGCUGUCUGUUGGUGCUCCAGCCAGUCUGGUGCCAGAACCAUCGCAGAGUGAGGACAGCGCAUGCUAUGUGUGGAUGCAUCUGGGCGGUGGCUCUUGUAAUGUGUAUACCUGUGUUCAUAUACCGGGACGUGGCUACGAUAGGCCACCAUACUAUCUGUUACUACCCUUUUGACUUUGCAGACUACCACUUUGACCUACUGGAAAAUGAAACUCAGAACGAUGCCAUUGACCAGCUGCCUGAUCACCCAUCUCAAACAUUACAAACACCUUCUGGAAAUUCUCUCCCUAUGAAUUCAACUGAACUACCUAGUCCAAGGCCAAAUUAUAAUUUAUUUAAACCUGCUGAUGUGGUCUCAUCUACAAUCCCCAGUGGGUUUCCCAUUGAAGAUCACAGAAGGAACCCACCGAAUGACUCUGAUGCUUUUCUCUAUAGUGAUUAUAACAACUCUUUUUAUAGGUAUGGGGAAUGGGUGGAUUAUAAUGAAAGCCAGUAUGCAUAUGACAAUCAAGUGGCAACACCCCAGGGAGCAAUAACCUUCACCAGGCUGGUUAUGGGUUUCCUGCUACCCUCUCUCCUCAUGAUCGUGUGUUACAGCCUCAUUAUCUUCCGAAUGCGACAGGGCCGCUUUGCCAAGUCUCGGAGCAAAACUUUUCGAGUGGCCAUGGUGGUGGUUGUGGUCUUCCUUGUCUGCUGGGCUCCCUACCACAUCAUUGGAGUGCUGCUGUUGUUUGUUGACUCAGAAACUCCCUUUGAGAGAGCUCUGAAUUCCUGGGAUUCUGUGUGCCUUGCUCUAGCAUCUGCCAACAGUUGCUUCAAUCCCUUCCUCUACGCUUUCCUGGGGAAAGAUUUUAGGAAGCAAGCCAAGCAGUCCAUGCAGGGUAUUCUGGAAGCAGCCUUCAGUGAGGAGGCCACACGCUCUAUCAGUUUUCCCCCAAGCAAAGUCUCUUUGGACAAAACCAGUAUAAGUACAGCUGUGUGAGUUUAGGGGCAGUUGACACAGUUUUGGAGUGUUGGCUCAGUGCAAUGUAUUUCUAAAAGGACAAGGGAGGGAUGUGGUGAGAAACCAUCGAAGUCUGAACUUAGAGCUUCUCAGUGUGGUCCCAGGCGAUUGGUAUCUCUUGGUAUUUGUUAGAAAUACAAAUUGCCCAACCCCACCACAGACUGACUGAGUCAGAAUCUGUGAGGAUGGGGCCCAGCAAAUAAGCUCUUGUGUUUCUCAUAAAAAAAUGCCAAAUUGGGGGAAUCAUUGUAAAAAUUAGUCUGUUUCUAUCCCACAGUAAGAUAAAAGAGAGUGAGAUAAAGGAGACUCUAGUCUGUUUCUAGUCUGGUGAUAUUUCCAUCAUGACAUUCUUUUUAUGUCAUUUUUCAGUGUUAGUGUUUAGUAUUAUCUAAAUCCUCUUCCAGAUGCCAUUUAAAUCCAUAUUUUCUAGUCCUAUCUGAGUGAAAGAUGAUCAUGUAUUCAAUGGCUUUAUUUUUGUGGCAGUGAUUCUGGUGUUUUUAAAUGAAAACAAGAUGUUUAAAAUAAAGUCCAUAGAAACAAGGAGUUAGGAGACUGAGUUUGAAGCAGAGCACAGUGCCACAUCCUGCUAGGAACGCAGCCCUGUCUACAGGACAGAGAAGCCCAGUUUCCAGAGGAAGCCCGGUUUUCAGUAGUACAAUUAAAUAAGCAUCUACUGCAUAGACAGACCACCAAGGCAUCUAAAAUCUUCUGAAAUGGUACGGAAGCUGCCGUUUGAGGAGAUCUCUGAGUGGUUACUCUUUCUGCCUAUUGAACAUCUUUCUACCAUUCCUUUCCUUAAGCUCCUUAAUUCCCUCAACCCUCCCUUGCCUCUAAAUCUUCUUCCACAUCGCUCUUUGUGCCUCAAAUCAUCUUUAAUUUCGUAAGUUCAAAUCACUCACCUCCUCUUCUGCCAAAUUAAGAAACCCAUUUCAAAUGCAAGGAGAAAGAGGGUAAAGGGGGGGUAGAGCAAGUUUUCAAUUCACUGCAAAAUGACUGAGGACCCUCUAGGAUACUGUCAAACUUUUAAAAACAUGACCAUAGGUGUGACUCUUUCAUGCCAAAAAGACCAGCUGUAUCUUUCAGUUUUCCAAAGUAAUACACACUUAUAAAGAGAAGUCAAGCCUCAAAAGGAAAUGUAAGUUUCCUGCCUAGUGUCCCCUCCACCCUCUUUACGUCCAGAUAACCCUUGCAACAUUUUAGAUGUUCCUUCUGAUACUCACCAUAUUUCUAACUCAUGUGCCUAUGCUGCUAGUUUUUGCUGACAUAAAACUUGUUUUGAGAAAUGAAGAAUUUUAUCCACAUUCAUAUUUUUGGAUCUACCAUCCCAAUAUUCAUUAACCAUAUUUUAAUUUGCUUCAUUAUCUUCUACUUUAUCCAUUCCGAUCCCAUAAUCAGUUUUCCUUCUCUCCUUCAUUUUUAAAAAUGUUAUUCCAGGGCCUCCCCGGUAGCGCAGCGAGUUGAGCGCCACACUGUGAAGCUCUCUGCAGCCUUUGCAGUGCGAGUUCAAUCCCCGCAGGCUGGCGAGAAUCCCACAUGGUGUGGCAGACCUCUCCUGUUGCGCCCGCUGCUUCCCUCAGCAGUGUAUUUCUGUCAUCUGCCUGUUCUGCUCUCUGCUCUGUCUCUGGUGAAUCCUCUCACCCUCCUGCACCUCUGGCUUGUAUAAAAAUAAAAAAAUAAAUCUUUAGAAUAAAUAUGUAAUUCCACCCCCUGACACCUUCUAAUUUUCCUCUGUAUAGUUUUGUGUUAUGCCUCUAAGAUUUCAGGAUUUUGGGGCUUCAACACGGUCUCAUGAUGUCUUAGGCUUGCAAGGUACUAUAAUUUGUUCAAUGAUUGAGGUGAGCAUCUGGAUUACAAAUUUUUCAUAAAGUACCAUGGAGCAGAAUUUCAAAGUACAAGAAGUUCUUUCAGUUGUGAAAUAAUAAUGUCUGAUAACAUGUAAAAUUUGCAAUGCUACCUUUAAUUUUAUGUUUAUCUACUGGAUAUAAAUAAAAGCUUUCUUU